UGCAGGGACCAGGACCAGAGAACAAGGCAAAAAGGCUGGAGUCCAAACCACUGCGGAGGGGAGGAUCCGAAGGAGAAUGUGACCCUGUCACUCCAUCCCUUAAGUGGGCUAAGAAAGGAGAACUGAAGCUAGAGAAAUCAAGACAUUUUCAAGUAUUGACUGAUUGGCGAUCAGAGCUCACUGACUCCCUCAGCACCUGGGGCAGCGCCACCACUGAGUUGAGGCCUCUAGACCGGUGGCUCCCCCAGUUCCAGGAUAGUUUCCUGGGAGGACAAAUCCCAGAAAGGAAACCCUAAGAGGAACGUUUAGAGGCAUCAUCAUUCCACCCCCUUCGUUGUACAGGUGGGGAAACUGAGGCUCAGAGAUGUCCAAGUAAUUUGCUCAAGGGCGUGUACAUUCAGGUCACUGUGAACCCCGGUUUUCAUCCUAUGAGAAGAGAUGAGUCUGAAUAUCUCAGUCUGGGACCCUCCCCAAUACGAGGCGGUGGCUACUGCAUCAAGCCCGGAGGGAUCCGGUAGUAAGAAAGGCGAAGGGAUGAGGCAGGGUCCAUAGGAUGGGGGAGGGGUAGACCAGGGGAAAGUAGGGCAGCCCCCUCCCCUCCCCAGAGUGAGGUUGGGUCCCAAAGGGAGUGUGAUGGGCACUGACUGGGGCUGGGCAAGGUGGACUGGACCGGCGAUGGGGCGGGGUAGAGAUGGGCGAAAUGAGGAGAGGCGGAGGAAGCUGGGCUGGAGCCCCCGGGCAGGGGCCCAGCGAAGGGAGUGCCGGGGCGGGCAUUCCCAACGGCAGAACAGCUCCUGGAGGGGGCGUGGGCGGGCCCAAGCUCAGGGCUGCUCCCGGGAGGGGCGGGGCCGGGGCGGGGUGCUCAGGGCCUGGGUCCCCGAGAGAGGGUCCCGGGGGCCGGGGCGGGGCCGGGGGAGGCGCUGCGCAUCUGCAGGGCCGCCGUCGCGCAUGCGAACGAAGCCCAGACGGCUGGAGCCGCCGCCACCGCUGCCGCCGCUGCUGCCGCCCCUGCUGCCCAAGCUGCCGCCUCCACUCCCGGGAGCAUGAAGGACCGAACCCAGGAGCUCCGCACGGCAAAGGACAGCGACGACGAUGAUGAGGUCACCGUCACCGUGGACCGAGAACGUUUCAUGGAUGAGUUCUUCGAGCAGGUGGAAGAGAUACGGGGCUUCAUUGACAAGAUCUCGGAGAAUGUGGAAGAGGUGAAAAGGAAGCACAGUGCCAUCUUGGCCGCCCCCAACCCUGAUGAGAAGACAAAAGAAGAGCUGGAAGAACUCAUGUCAGACAUAAAAAAGACGGCCAACAAAGUCCGGUCCAAAUUAAAGAGCAUCGAGCAGAGUAUUGAGCAGGAAGAGGGGCUGAACAGGUCCUCUGCAGACCUGAGGAUCCGGAAGACCCAGCACUCCACGCUGUCCCGGAAGUUUGUGGAGGUCAUGUCCGAGUACAACGCCACCCAGUCCGACUACAGGGAGCGGUGCAAGGGCCGAAUCCAAAGGCAGCUGGAGAUCACUGGAAGAACUACCACAAGUGAGGAGCUGGAAAACAUGCUGGAGAGUGGGAAUCCUGCCAUCUUUGCUUCAGGGAUUAUCAUGGACUCAAACAUCACCAAGCAAGCCCUGAGUGAGAUAGAGACGAGGCACAGCGAGAUUAUCAAGCUGGAGAACAGCAUCCGCGAGCUCCAUGACAUGUUCACCGACAUGGCCAUGCUGGUGGAGAGCCAGGGCGAGAUGAUUGAUCGCAUCGAGUACAACGUGGAGCACUCCGUGGACUACGUGGAGCGCGCCGUGUCCGACACCAAGAAAGCCGUCAAAUACCAGAGCAAAGCCCGGAGGAAGAAAAUCAUGAUCAUCAUCUGCUGCGUGAUCCUGGGCAUCAUCAUCGCCUCCACGAUUGGGGGCAUCUUCGGAUAGACUCGCCUCUCCCCAUCUCCACCAACCUUGGACCGUCCACAACAAGGAGGUGCCAACAGCCGCUGCUAACCACUGGGGCCCCUGGGGAAAUGCCCCCCCCACCUUGGGGCCAGAGCCCCCUCCCCCCUUGUGCUUGUGCCGCUCCCCUCCCCACCACACAAGGGCUGGCCCCCUCCCAGAGCAGCCGAGCCAUGUCACAUGCAUGAUCUCAUUGUAACACUGUGUGUGUCUGUGUGGAAGGGGCAUUUGGACCUUGGGGGACAAGGGGACAAAAAGUGGGGGCGGCCUGGGCCGGGGGGGGGGGGCAGAUGGGGGCAGUGGAGUCAGGAAAGGGAAGGAGGUGUCCCGGGGCACAGGAGGCCACUGAACCAGGCAGCUGAGCAUCCCCCAAACCCUCCCCGUUCAAGGAGGCAGGACCAGCCUGGCACUGGAUGCCUCAGCCCCUUCCUACCCAUUCGUGACCUUAGUGAGUCCCCCCUUUGCUGAGCUGCCGGUCCCGGCUCAGGGCUCCGUCACUGCUUCCUUCAGCAAGCCCCAGGCCCCUGGCCCCCUCCUCGGACUGGACAAACUAGGGUAGGGGCCACUUGGUGCUGUUGCCCACGCCUCAGGGAGGGGGAGCCCCGAGGGACCAGUGGGGUUAACACUGCCGAUCACUGCCAGGCUAGGCACGUCCAUCCCUCUCCAGCUUGUCAUCCCACCUCGGGCUCCGCUCAGCCCGCGAGAGAAGGCCCAGAACAUCCAGAUCCACCCCCAAUCCCAAGGGGCAAUCCUUCUCCCACACCUCUCCCCUAGGGCCCCCCCGGAGGUCCUGUGAUGGGGGGAGGGAGCAGCCUCCAGCACCCUCGUGUCGUCCUUUGCUGCGGCCGCCCUCCACCCUUGGGGAUGGGGGUCCCUGAGCCCUGUGUAGUUGCAUGUACCAGGCAUGCUCCUGGAGACCGACAAGUUCUCUGUCACUGUCACCCCUUCCCUUGCUUCAUGUGCCUUGUGCCAUGUUUGUCGGGGUGUCUCAUCGACGCAGUAUUCAGCAGCCAGCAGGGGGGCACUCUCCUCCCCACUGUUUGGGACUUUGGUUGAAGUUUAAAAACAAAAUCCCCACUUCAAGCCCCCGCUUUUCUCCCUCCUCUCAGCCCCCCUCUUUCCGUGAGUGCCCGGGUAGUUCUUGGGUGCAUCCAUCGUUCCCCGGGUGGUGUAUGUGUGCAUGGUGUCCCUGCCACCCCGAGGCUUGCUCCAGCCCAGUGACUGUGACCACUGUCCUGUGCUGCCUUCUUUCUACAGCCGCUGCCCUCCCCAGCUCCUCUCCCUUCUCACCAAAGCUCUUGGUGCAACCAGCUGCCCAUUUUGUGAAAUUUUUAUGUAGAAUAAACAUUUGUAUCUGUACCAGG